UUACGUCAUCAGCAUGCGACGCUACGUCUAAACGUGUGUCGCUCUGCGUUGCUGUGCUGUUUACAGUCGAGCGAAGAAUCGGUAAAUAAAGCAAAUCUAAGAUUAAAUUUAAGAUCAAUUAAAAUAUCUGAGACGAAAUGGAUGAUGAAGAGGAGACCUACAGGCUCUGGAAGAUUCGUAAAACCAUCAUGCAGCUGUGCCAUGACAGAGGCUACCUGGUGACCCAGGACGAGUUGGACCAGACUCUGGAUGAAUUCAAGAGUCAGUUCGGGGACAAGCCCAGCGAAGGUCGCCCCAGACGCACAGACCUGACCGUGUUGGUGGCGCACAACGACGACCCCACGGACCAGAUGUUUGUUUUCUUUCCUGAGGAGCCGAAGGUGGGGAUCAAGACGAUUAAGAUGUACUGUCAGAGGAUGCAGGAGGAGAACAUCACACGAGCCAUCAUCGUGGUUCAGAUGGGCAUGACGCCAUCGGCCAAACAGUCUCUCGUGGACAUGGCGCCCAAGUACAUCCUGGAGCAGUUUCUCCAGCAGGAGCUGCUGAUCAACAUCACAGAGCACGAGCUUGUUCCAGAGCACAUCGUCAUGACGAAAGAGGAAGUGACGGAGCUGCUGGCGAGAUAUAAAUUGAAGGAAAGUCAGUUACCGAGGAUCCAGGCUGGAGACCCUGUGGCUCGCUACUUCGGCUUGAAAAGAGGACAGGUAGUGAAGAUCAUCAGGCCUAGUGAAACAGCCGGCAGGUACAUCACGUACAGACUGGUGCAGUGACAUCACAGGUGGACCGCUGACCGGAGCCGGAGAUUUAACAUCCUGUUCCGAUCACUCGUCGUGGAUUAUCUUUUCAUUCAUGUUUUUUCUCUUCUUCCUUGUAACGACAGAUUUUGUAAAAUAAACUAUUGAAAAA